UAAUUUAGCCACGCCGUUUCGCGAGUGUCGAACCGGCUAAGCGUCUAAUAGCUAGCUGCUGCCUGUUUGUUACAAGGCGACGUUCCUCGCGGUAGCCUACAGGUUAUUACGUCGCAGCGAGGUUUGGGAAUGUGCAUUCCAAUCCAGUUGAGAAUGAAAGUAAAAAUAAAUAACAUGUCGACUUAUUUUGAUGUUACACCGUACGAAAUAAUGGUAGCCUUUUUGGUGACCCACAUCCCAGCAGAGUCAUAAACAAGUAGGCUAGCCUACUACUUGCAUCGAAACGACAACGUAGAAAUAUGAGUCGUACUUGUACACUUUUUCGUGGUACAAAUUACAGAAAUAGAACCAGUCUGUAGCCUACUUUGAGAUUACGUUACAGAAACUUUUUUUCUGCCUCAAGGGACUGAAGACCGUCUACUGGCUUGUUAGCCUCUUUUCACCACUGGGUGAGCUCUGUGUAAUUCGGAGAAGAGGAGGAUGAAAUUCAAUGCAGCUCAGCUUGCCUUCCUGUCUGGAGGACCUUCCGGAAGCUUUGACAGAGAGGGGAGGCUCUGGGCGAAUCGGCUGGCCCCGGGCGAUGCAGGGAACCCUGAAGACGCUAAAGAGAGAUGGUGUCGGCUGAGAGGAAAUCUGCUCUUUCUGAUGAAAAAGCCCGGUCAGAGCUCUGAGGCGGUCGAGGUCUUCGUCCUGGAGAGAUGUUACGUGGUGCCGAGCAGCGACGACGACGAUGCGGCCUUAGUCAUCAAGUUUGAGAGCAGGGACAGAGAUCUGUAUCUGCGAGCCCCCAGCCCCUCCGACUGCACGUCCUGGAUCUCCGCGCUUCGGCAGGCGAACUCGGAACGUCUGCGGAACAGAAUCCGACAGCUCAGGAGGCUCGUCAUGGAAAUAACCGGGAACGCCGAGACGGGGAGCUCGGAGAGAGAGGGAGCGGGAGCGGGCGCGGUUUUGGUUCCCAAGCUGCCGAAGGUGGAGUUCAGCCUCGCAUGCAGGGAGCUGUGCACCCCGGCACCGGAGAGGCACCUCAACGUGGUGGUGCACAUCUCCGUGGUGAACACGCAGGAGCUCAGCCUCGCAGCCUACUCCUGCACUGAGGUCGUGGAGGGAACGAGAGACCCACUGUUCCUGACCGGAGUGACCUUCCCCCCGGAGUACCCCCUCAGCGAAGACACGCGGGUCAAGCUGACGGUGUACGAUGUGAAAGACAAGUCCCCCGAAACGAGAGGCUUCCUGGGCUACUCAACCUUUUCUGUCGGGGACUUGCUGAAAUCAAAGGAACAGCAGCUAACCCUUAGCCUGAGAACCUCCGAUGGUGCGGACUCUGCGGGGGUAGUGGUGGUCAGCCGUCUGAGUAUGGGGGAGAUGGAGGACGGCGGGGUGGACCACAUCGCGGCAGACGCGCGGGGACAGACGUGCACGCUGGUGUGUGAGUCUCUACACGGCACCGCCAAUGACAAGGACAGCAGCCCUCUGGUGAACGCGGUGUUCAAGAACCCGGUGUGUAAAGUUUACAGAUUCCAGACGGUGGACUGCAAAUGGAUGCUGGUUCGAGAGCAGAUGGCCGAGUGUACGCUGUCCUUCAACAUCCCCAAGCAGCUCCUCACACUGUACAUACAGGAGGACAUGCGCAGGAUACAGGAGCUGAAGGAUCUGGGCGAGCUCUCCCCUCACUGGGAUCAUCUACGGAAGGAGGUGAUCGCUCACUACAGCCAGGUUAUCUGCGGCUACCAGGAAACCCUCACAGAGCUAAACAAGCUCACAGGGUCAUCUUUCAAGCCCAGCUGCAGUAAAUCAGAGAAAUAUUUAGAAUUCAUCCCCAUCAAUCUCCACACUCAGAGGAUGCAAGUUACCUGCCCCAAAAAAACAGACGCCUGCUAUGACGUGGUGACUGUGGGAGCCCCCGCCGCCCACUUUCAGGGGUUCAAGAGCGGAGGCCUGCAGAGACUGCUGAGCCGCUUCGAGGCCGAGAAGAAAAACUUCAGCACGGCGUACCAGUGCAUCUACUACUCCCCCGAGCACACGGCCAAGGCCCGGGAGGUGCUGAGCAGCGUAGCGCAGCUGCAGCCGCUCAUCUGCACCCAGGCGGAUCAGCUGCUGCGGGCCGCCCAGCUGCGUUCCCCGGACCUCCUCAAGGGGGCGCUGAAGAGCCUGGCAGACAAGGACCGGGUGUGGGCUAACGUGGCAAAGAGUCUGAACUGCAUCAUCGCCAUGGUGGACCGGCUUCAGGAGCACGACGACAACAACCAGGAGCCGCCCGCAGACCACACCCUCGCUGAUGUCAUCACCUCCUCGGACCACACCCUCGCUGAUGUCAUCACCUCGCACAGCCCUGGGGACUGGCAGGAGCAGAUCUACCCCCUGGUGGUCACGUUGAAGGACUGCGUGACCGAAGUUGUGGAUCGCGCUACGAAGUCGAUGACGUUUGUUCUCUUGCAAGAGGCAGCAUGCAGUAUCCCGCAGGGCCUGUUUCUGAAGCAGAGGAGAGACGUGGUCUUCAGUCAGGGACUGGCCGCCCUGGCCUGUGGGUUCGUCAUGCGGCUGUACGCUGGGGUGGAGGACAAGGCCUUCCUGCAGCAGCUGCACCUCGUCGGGCUCAUAGCCCAGUUUGAGAGUCUCCUCAGCACCUACAGUGAAGAGAUCGGCAUGUUGGAAGAUAUGGAAGUUGGGAUUUCGGACUUGCAGAGAGUGUCGUUAGCGAGGCCAGUCGAUGACCGAAUCUUAGCCAUCGUGCCAGGACGCAAGGAGUAUUACACAGUGGAGGUGCCGUUGCCAGGUGAGGUGUUUGGGGCCUUACCUGAGGAGCUGAAGGAAGGCAAGCCGUUGCAGGUGUACCCGGUGCUCUUUAAUGUGGGGAUAAACCAGCAGCAGACCCUCGCGGAGAGGUUUGGUGACAUUUCUUCACAGGAAAGGAUAAACCAGAAAAACUUUGAGAUUUUAGAAGCCUAUUACAAGUCCUUAAGUGAUAAACUCCCGCUGCAAUAUUUACCUUGUUUCCAAACUCAAACCGACUUGAAAGAAUUACUUGAAACUCUUGGGCAGAAUAUUAUGACCAAGAAACGAAAGAAUGUGGAGAUACUGUGGCUAGCUGGAACGAUCUGUCGCAGGCUGAACGGUAUCCGGUUCACCAGCUGUAAGAGUGCCAAAGACAGGACGUCCAUGUCUGUAACCCUGGAGCAGUGCGCACUCCUGCGAGACGAACACGAGCUCAACAAGGACUACUUCGUCCGAGCGCUGGACUGCAUGCGGAGAGAAGGAUGCCGGAUUGAGAACGUGCAAAAGAAUAUUAAGUGCAGGAAAUAUGCCUUCAACAUGCUUCAGCUGAUGGCUUUUCCCAAGUUCUACAGACCCCCGGAGGGCACCUACGGAAAGGUGGAUUCCUGAGAAGCGGAAAGAUUCGAAAGGAACAGACGCAUUUCCCCCACCGAGUAAAUGCAAGAGCUAACCGAUUCUGUGGCUGUGGAGUCGGCUGACACGUCUUCUGGAUCCAGCAAACUGAGUUUGUUUUUUGGAUUCAAACUUCUCACUGAGUCCUACAAAGUCCAGUGGUUUAAUAUUUUCAGCUAUGAGUUGGAAUUUGUAAAAAGAAAAAAAUGGAAUGUAGCUAAAAUUAUUUAAAGUAUUAAAUAAAAAAGUAAAAGUAUUUCCUUUCCUGGAUGCCAGUCGUAUAUACAGGCGUCACAGUCGAAUUCUUAAAAAGGUAAGACACUCGAGCUUUACUGUUCUGACGUGAGUGUUAGCCCACCCUGCGGCUGGGAGCGCUGGAGGUGCAGUGAAGGUGCUUUGCACAUUUAGCAGCUCAUCCAGUGACCGGAGCGUAAUCACAGGCAGGUCACACACCAUCGCUUCCAGCGCUGCGCUUCAUCGCUUCCAAAUACCUGCGUGUGUGUCCCGUUGAAACCUGUAAAUAUAAGACUCUUAUAGAAAAGGAGUUGUCUUUGAACUCUUGUGCCAAGUGCAAGACCUCGCCUGCCAGUGAAACCCAAACCCACGCAGCAGAGCAGAGUCGUGCUGCUGUUUCCCCUCCUCUCACGCAGGACAGGAACUCUCAGCCAAAAAGCCCUCCAUUCGUCUGCACAGGACGUGGCGGUUCCUCGAGCUGGACCUGAACCUUCGAUCCUUCGUCUGCGCAGCCGUGUUCAGCAGGGAAAGAACAGCAGUGCCGGGCGCUGUGAAACACCGCUUCUCUGCGGCAGAAACAGCGCUUCUCUGCGCAGAAACAGCGCUUCUCUGCGCAGAAACAGCGCUUCUCUGCGGCAGAAACAGCUCAUAGUCAUACAAAUGUUACGUCUGUCCCACUGGAGUAGUUAAAUGGUGCAUUGUGGGAGAACUUCGAAAGUUGCUUCAAAUUUGCCAAAAUGAGUCAUUCUCAGUUAAUGUUCUGGAACUGGAAAACACAGGAAGUGGGUAAUAUGGACUAAUAUUUCAUCAACAUGCUCUGGUAGGAAAAACACUAAUGCAAACACACAUUUCCAAGUGUGUGUUUAACUUCUGUGUUUUUUCUUCUUUUUUAAAGUUCAUAUUUUAUUGCAUUUCCCACUUAUGUUUGAUAAUACUUAGCAUUUCCAUCAGAAUUCAAACUGCACUUCAAAAACAGACACUUUCGGCUUAGACCUAGAUGAUUCAAGUUUCUGAAAACAUUACUCCAAAGACUCCAAAAAUGUAAACCCCCCUCCUCUAUCACAGUAAAACUUUCAUGAUUUUAGUAAAUGUGUUAUUUCACUUUUUCUUGAGUUCAGGUAGCUUCUCAAACAGGUGAGCUCUGAAUGUUUUUUUGUUUGUUUUUUUUGCAUGUUUUUGCUACAUUUGUAUUUGAGCACAUAUUUUGUAUUCAUUUUCACCAUCAUCAAAAGUCUGUUGUACAUACUGUUAAUAUUUUCUCAUGUGAAAUUAUAGAAACUUCUAAAAAUCUAUACUGUCCUAAGCAUGACUGAAAUGAUGUCUCGAUGAACAUUUUCAAUAAAAUAUAUCUGUGUUCCAGA